AAAUAAAUUAUUUUAUAAAAGUAGUGAAUUGGGUACGUAGUCGCGUUUAUUAAGAAGUGUUUUACCUCACAAUAUAGAACUUCUCGGUGUAAAUUCAGAUUUAUAUUUUAUCUCCAAUAGAGGACUUCUCGAUGCUAGUUUGGAUUGACUCGAACUCCAAUUUGAAUCUUUAUUGUUGCGAGGCUAAUAAUGAUUAUAUUUUUGUUUUUGUAGAGGGUAAAUAUGACCUUUUCCACCUGAAAAAUUGAAAAAACCCAACUAACUUUUUUUUUUCUUAGUUUGAAAAAACUCAAAAAAUUCAGCUGCAAAAUUUUCUGCAUAUUAAAGCUUAUUAGAUAAGAUAAAUAAAAUUCAAUUUGUUCAGCAAAAAUGGCAGUGUUUCAUGUAGCCAGUCUCAACUCCAAGCUUUCACUUCCUUCAGGAAAGCAGCAACAGUCCAAAUUCACUGGCCAAUCAGUGAGAGCAAUACCUAUACGCAUAUUAACUGUUGGAAAGAAGCGGUCACAAGGAGUGCAGUUAAUAGUUGAUGAGUACAUGAAGAAGCUAAGGCAUUAUUGUAGUGUUGAUGAUGUUCGCAUCAAGUCUAAUCCUAAAAAUGCACGUGAUGUAGUGGCUCAAAUUGAGCAUGAGGACAUUGCUGUCAUGGGCCUCAUCAGGCCUGAUGAAUGGGUUGUAAUGUUGGAUGAGCGUGGUCAUGAUGUGGGAUCUGAGCAGAUGGCUUCUUUAAUUGGGGAUGCUGGAAACAAGGGAGCGCCAAGCUUACUCUUUUGCAUUGGUGGACCUUAUGGACAUGGAAGACAAUUGCGAGAGCGAGCUAACGUAUCAGUCAAAUUGUCAUCCUUAGUCUUGAAUCAUGAGAUUGCCUUAGUUGUACUUAUAGAGCAACUUUACAGAGGAUGGACUAUUCUUAAAGGACAGAAAUAUCAUCACUAGACGGUGAUGUCUUAACCAUGAUGAACCAAUACAGGAUUUCUAUUUCUUGGAACCGGAAGAAGGAAUUGAAACGACUUCCAAAUUUCAUUCAACCACCAUCAGAGCAACUAAACUCAGGUUUGGAAUACCUUUUUGAGGAUGACUUUGGCCCCCAUAGAUAUCAUCAGAGGAGGUGAGAAGAGUGAAACGGACCUCAUUCUUUGAUCUAAGGAGUCUGUUGAGGUCAUGACACAUCGAAGUAGUUGAUGCUCAACUUGGUUUACCAUGCGAGUUGCAAAAACCAGAUGAUGGUACCUCUAUCGCAUUGGUGUGUCAUGCCACAUCGGUAGACUUGUGCAUCAUGCCACGCCUGCUAGUGAAGGUUAGUCUGAUGUUGGAAUGCUGGCAAGCUUGGUCCAGACAUAUAUUAGCCACCACAUUGAUCUUUUUCAUUAUGCCAUUCACUAUUUCUAAUGAAUGCAAUAAGCUUUUAUGUAUUUAUAUUCUCUUUGAGUCUUUGGAGACCAAGUUAGAAAAGAUUGAAUCUUGUGAAACGUUUGUCAAACCAAAUAUUGAAUUCAAAGUGUUUGAAC